ACAUGUUGCUAGAAUAUAAUAUAUAAGUACUAUGUUGUUAUAUGAUCGAUCUGCGACCCAGUUACGCGCUACACAUUUGCGCGUAAGAAACGCGUAGAACGCCGUCAAUGCAUAUUUUUUUCAAUUUUCCGGUUUGGCACUUAACAAGUUUAAACGAGCGGUUUAGUGGCCUGCGAAGUCAGUGACCUAGCGUAACAUUGAAAGAGUUCAAUUUAAGACAACGAUAGACGUUUUCACACCUUUUCUUUGUUUUUCACGGAAUUACAUACAUUUAAUGCGUUUGUAUGGAAACACUUUGUGAUUAGUAAUCUUUCAAUAUGUGUUAAUUCGGUAAUUUAAUUGGAUUUCUAAUACAAUUACACAGAAUCAUACUUCUUUAUUUUGAAAUUGAAGAGAGCUCGAACCAAUUCGAACAUUAUUCAUCUUCUAAAAGUAACGUGUUAAUCACAAAUUGGUUUUGAAUUUUCAUACCGAAUAACACGAAAAACUUUACCACGGUGUAGCGUUGCGCUUUGUUAGAUAAAAGAAACUAUACAGUAAUCUAGUGAUCGGAAAACACCCGAUCGGUAUCCGGCCGGAUAUGCCGAAGAUAGUGGCAACAGUAGUGACAUCAACUUCGUCACAUUGCACUGUCCGAUUUCGCGUCGGGUGACAUUGAGUGAUCGGCAAUUUAAAGCAAACUACAAUUGUUUGACAAAUUUUAUUCGAUCAACUGCGAUCGGGAGCAAUACACCAUAAAGAGUACGUACACAUACGGUUGUGGUUUUAAAGUGGGUCAUCAGGACGGCCGUAGAAGCAAAAGAUUAGAAUGGAUAUUCCAGUGGAUGCACAGGAGGUUGCCCUACCGCCGAUAGAGUCGUUCGCAAACUGCCAAUACCAUGUGCGUGUGAGCGGAACAACGGAAUUAGACAAACGGGUGAUGUCGUUUGUGGAUAAUCUGUGGGGUUUUGAGGUGACUGGUGGAAUCGACCAGUUUGAGCCGUUGACAGUCAUUUCCGUAAGGCGGGAAGGUUUGGCUAGACGCGCAGGCAUCCGGGUUAAUGAUGUGAUCACAAAAAUUAAUGAUACCUACGCAGACAAGCUCACAUUAGCUCAAGCGCAAGAACUGAUAGCGGAAUCUGGUAGAACCGUGAAAAUCUUCGUUAGAGGUGAUGUCGAAGAGGAAAGCGAAGAUGAAAUGACAGUUGAUUUUUGGUUCAAGCCUUUUGGUUUCUUUUCCUCAGUAAGCGAUGCCGAACGGGCCAUGCUGGAUUGGGAGGCACGGAUGCGAGCAAACCGGAACCCGGGCAAAUGGAAUGGGCUAUGGCCGUGGAAUAAUCGAAGGAAAGUCGUUUACAAGGAGUCCAAUUGCUACAUGGUGCCAAGUGUAGCCGAAGAAAAGCGAGAUCGGGAGCUCAAGUUGCGAGUUUCCGAAGCGGAUUACCAAAAACAUUUGGAAAGUGAGAAGGCGGAAUCCGAACGGAAGCUAAAAGAGCAGCGAUUAGAAGAAGCACAGAAAGCUGAAGAGAAACGACGAUCCGAAGAGGAAGCGUUUUUCGCGAAGUUUGAAGCGGAGCAAAGGCGUUUAGAAGAACAAAAUCCACAGAAAGCGCAAGAAACUGAUCAGUACAUUGAAGAGUUGUUGCAGCAAGAAGAACUGCUCACAACCGAUUUCGAGGUAGAAGUGAGCACCGACUUUCCGGCGGAAGAAAACUAAGUCGCAGAAUGACAAAAUUCUUUAGGUUAAGCAUAACGUCUAUAUGUAAACAAUAGAGAUACAUUUAUCUGUAAAAAGAAACAAUAAAUCUUAAAUUUCAUUAGUCUUGUUCUAUCCCAAACCUCAACUUUUUUACACAUUCUGUGAAAGAGCAAAAAGAGAGUAGUGCAUGUCUAUAUUUAU